AUGGAAGAGCCCUCAAAAUUCGCCAUCCACGAAGCAGCACGAGACGGAAGAACCGCUGUUGUGGAAUCAUUACUUGCCGCAAAUCCCAAGCUCGCAGAGAAGAAAGAUGAUGAUGAGCGUUUGCCGAUUCACUGGGCUGUCUCGUAUGGUCACCUAGAUAUUGCCGUCUUGCUGGCUUCGAGGAAGAACUUUGAUCCUGAUGUUCAGGACGGUGCUGGAUGGACUCCCUUGAUGAUAGCCGUAAGCCUCAAGGAAGGCGAGGAUUUGGUCAAGCUGUUCCUUUCGAAAGGGGCAGAUGUUAAUGCCAAGAGUGAGUUCCUCCCCCAAACAGCGCUCCACUUCAUAGCCUCCAAAAAGAACGUCGACCUUGCCCGCCUCCUGUUCGAGCAAAACCCUCCCGCUUCAGCACGAGUAAAAGACAAACGGGGCCAAUAUGCUAUCCAUCGCGCUGCUGCAGUGGGAAGUGUUCCGAUUGUCGAGUUGCUGAUCAAGAAUAAGAGUCCAAUUAGUGCGACGGAUGUGGCGGGACAGACGCCUUUGCAUCAUGCUGUUGCUGAGGGCCAUGGUGACACAGCAGUAGCACUCCUGAAAGCCGGAGCAGAAACCGACAAGAAAGACGUCGAUGGGAUGCUGGCCCUGGAUUUAGCUCCCGAUUCACAGGUCAAGAAGUUCAUACUGCAAACAUGUGAACGGGAAGGCAUAGAUUUAUAG